CUUCGUAACACUUUGACGAGGCCUUUUGUGUAAAUUUCCCGGCGUUAUUUCACACACACAAAUGCCCUGAGAAGACUGAUCAGUAACAAAGUCUACGCUACGCAGCAAUGGGAGCCACGGCGAACUUCCGAAAAGCAAUAAUUUUCUCUGUUCUCUUUUUCUAUUCUAUGUUGCUGGUGAAAACGUUGUCGUCUUCUCCUCCUUCUUCGAACCUCCAGAUCCUUACAGCUGAACGCAGGAUUGACUUGACUUCGCAUAUUGUUAGGGUUUAUUUGACCUUGAAGGUUGAGAAUACUGGGGAAGCUCCAGCAGCAGAAGUCCUUCUUGCCUUCUCGCCUGCACAGUUUGAUCAUCUAGCUUUGGUCAAAGCAGCAGCCGCUGUUGGCAAGAAGAAGAAGAAAACAUAUCUUCCUCUUGAAGUGAACCCAUCUGAUCACCCUGAUGCACCAAAUGGAACCAAAUACUAUUCCAUAUCUCUGCUCAAACCAUUAGGCAAGGCUGAAUCAAUCACUCUAGAAAUACUUUACAUGUUAACACACUCUCUUGAACCAUUCCCAGCAGAGAUAAGCCAGUCAGAGUCUCAAUUGGUUUAUUACCAUGAUAGUGCUGUUAUUCUCUCUCCAUAUCAUAUAAAACAGCAGGCAUCUAUGGUUAAGACACCAACUUCAAAGGUGGAAUCAUUCACAAGAGUUGAACCUACUGACCGCUCGGGCACAGAACUGAGAUAUGGACCUUAUGAGGACCGUCAUCCUUAUUCAUACUCGCCCGUAAUCAUUCAUUUAGAGAACAAUAACGCAUUUGCUGUUGUUGAGGAGCUUGAGCGGGAAAUCGAGAUAUCUCACUGGGGCAGCAUCCAGGUUACCGAGCAUUACAAGUUAGCUCAUGCUGGUGCCAGGCAUAGAGGCAUUUUCUCAAGGGUUGAGUAUCAAUCUAGACCUUCCAUUAGUGGUGUCUCUUCCUUCAAGCAUCUUCUUGCAGAGCUACCCCCAAGGGUUCAUUCUGUCUACUACAGAGAUGAUAUAGGGAAUAUCUCGUCAUCACGUUUGCGCACAAAUUCCAAGAAGUCGGAGCUGUUAAUUGAGCCACGUUAUCCUUUAUUUGGCGGCUGGAAAGCAACUUUUAUCAUCGGAUACGGGGUGCCACUCCAGGACUUCCUUUUCGAGUCGGAUGGUGGUUCACGUUACCUGAAUUACACUUUCGGGUGUCCUUUGUCUGAGACAGUUGUUGACAAGUUGACUAUAAAAGUUGUCCUUCCAGAGGGAUCAAAGAACCCUUCUGUCAAAGCUCCUUUUACAGUAGAACAAAGUAUGGAGACCAAAUACUCGUAUCUUGAUGUUAUUGGGAGGACUGUGGUGGUUCUGGAAAAGAAAAAUGUUGUACCUGAGCAUAAUGUUCCUUUCCAGGUCUAUUACAACUUCAACCCAAUGUUUAUGCUUGCAGAACCAUUGAUGCUAGUUUCUGCCUUUUUCCUUUUCUUCAUUGCUUGCAUUGCAUACCUGCACAUGGAUCUUUCUAUACGCAAAUGACAAAGCCCCAAAGAUCUCAGGAGCUCAAAAUUCAGUCUCUUGCUUGUGACUUGGAGCAGCUACAGUCAGUCAGCCAAAUAUAGAAGAUUCAUGGAAGUUGAGUAACGGGUACAAGGAUUGAUUUAUAUCAUAUCUGCGAGAGUAUUUGGUGAUAUUUAAGUCGAACUAAUUUCUAUUCUUCAAAUGUUUAUGUAUCUUGUAAGAAAGAAAAUGGAAAAACAGUUUCCAAGUGAGACAGUUUAGUGGACUAUGAAAAAGUUUUGCAGCUAAUCGACAGUGAAAACUGUAUUUGCGACAUUAAUCUGUUUUUAGUUUUCGAGUUGAAGACUGGAGUUCAGUGAA